CUGCAAGAGAUCAUCACGCUGCCCAUGCUGCGCCCGGAGUACUUUAGCAAGGGUGUUUUGCGGCGGUACAAUGUCAGUGGAAUCCUGCUGUUCGGCCCACCUGGAACGGGCAAGACAAUGUUGGCCAAGGCGGUAGCCAAGGAGAGUGGCAGUGUGGUGCUCAAUAUCCGCGCGAGUGAUAUCUACGACAAGUACGUUGGCGAGGGUGAGAAGCUUGCGGAGGCCGUGUUUACGCUGGCACGCAAGCUUGCGCCGUGUGUUAUUUUCAUCGACGAAGUGGACGCGCUCUUUUCAGCGCGCUCGUCUGGAGAGACAAACAAAUUCCGGCGGGACAUUAUGAAUCAGAUCAUGUCCGAGUGGGACGGAAUUAACACGCAGCGGAAAAAGGGCGCCACGACAGGUGCACAGGGCUCUGCGGGGCCACCGCCUCAGGUGAUGGUCAUGGCGGCGACCAAUCGGCCGUUCGACCUGGACGAUGCCAUUCUGCGGAGGUUGCCCAGGCGCAUUAUGAUCGAUCUGCCUGGCGUCGAUGACCGCAAGCAGAUUCUUCGGAUCCACUUGGCGGGCGAAGAGCUGGAUGCUGACAUUGAUAUGGAGGCGCUGGCUAAACGCACGGAUAAUUUCUCUGGGUCUGAUCUGAAGAACCUGUGCGUGGCGGCGGCACUGGCUGCACUGCGCGAGAGGGUGCAGGAGGAAGUUGGCGGCGCGCAGUCAGCGACAGAGGGGGUUUCGCUGAUAGAACGACUCCCAAAGUCGAUCAAGCUGGCAACUAGGCAUUUUGAUGCGGCACUGAAAAAGGUGGCCCCGAGCUCAUCUGACCAGAUGGAGUCGCUGAUCGAGCUGCGCAAAUGGGAUAAGAUGUACGGUGACGGGGCG